AUGCGGAGGACCCGAAGAAGUCACGGUGCUCUAGAGCUUCAAAUCCCACCCCUUCUCCCUCCUGAACCCCUCUCGCUGAGUCUCUUCGCCACUAUGAGACUCCUGUCCAGCCACGCCGCCCGCAUCCCCGGCCCUUCGGGCUCACUGUGCUUGCUGCUCGCGCUGCUGCUGCUGACGCCGCCAGGGCCCCUCGCCAGCGCGGGUCCUGUCGCGGUCAUAGUGAGAGAGCUGCGUUGCAUGUGCUUAACCACCACACCGGGGAUUCAUCCCAAAAUGGUCAGUAAUCUGAAGGUGAUCGCCCCAGGACCGCAGUGCUCCAAGGUGGAAGUGGUAGCCACCUUGAAGAACAAAAAGGAAGUCUGUCUGGACCCAGAAGCUCCUCUGAUCAAGAAGGUCAUCCAGAAAAUGUUGGACAGUGGAAACAAGAAAAAUUAAGAGAAAGGACUGUGCAUUGGAAAAAUUGCCCAGUUCUUCAGCAGAAGAGUUUUCUGGGGAUCUCUGGACCCAGUGAAGACAAGAAGCAAGGGCUAAUUUUCUCCAGUGAGUUAGGUUUCUGUAUGAAUUCCCCACUAUAAGAGAGAGAUGAGAGGAGGGAAACUAUGUUUGUCCCUGCAGCUUUCUGCUCAGUUUAUGGCGUGUUUAGCGUAGUAUUUCCUGCUCCUUAUUUGCUGUUAUUUUAUCUGCUAUGCUACUGAAAUCUUUGGCAAUUAACUAAAUUGUGAAUCAGGAAUCAUUGGUUGUUAAUCUUUCAAGGUGACUAUUGUAUUUCUACAAUAUAGUUCUUAUAGUGCUAUGGAAAAAGCUGUGUCUUUAAUGUGUGAAUGAUAUUUCAUUAGAAUGCUGUAUACGGAGAUAAACUGUUAUUCUCACCCUUUCAUGAAAUAGGAACUACUUAAGUAUUGUUUCUUGAGGAAUAUGUUAGAGAAUUUUCUUACUCUUGACCCUGGUUAGCUAGUUAAGUUACAUUGCAUUAGAAAUCUGGAUAUAUUAUAUAGUUAUCUGUGUGGAAUAUAUUUCCUUAUUUAGAAUUCCUAAAUGUAUGAGUUCUAAGGACUAAUAUAUUCUUUUCCUAUACAUUUAGAUAUUUGAUGUCUUCCUAGUAUGGCAUAAUGUCAUGACUUACUCAUUAAACUUUUGAUUUUUAUGGUAUUUAUUAUCCAGUUUAUUAGGAGUAUUAUAUCUAUAGUAUUAUAUUUCUAAGUAUAUGUUUUGGAUUGAUGAAGAAGCUAGGAACUAGGUAAAUUCCUUAUUUCUAGUUUUUAUAAAAAUACAUCCUUUUAGUUUCUUAAAAGUAAAGACACAUUGUAAAGCAAUUAUACUCCAAUAAAGAUGUUAAAAAAAAGAAAGAGUAAAGGCAAACUUAACAAUGAUUUAUACUUUGAAAGUUCCGAAAACAUAUUUGAGCUCUUUGAAUAUAAACUCAUCAUGCAGUUAAAAAAAAAAAAAAUGCACU